AUGCAGCGUGGUGGUGGUGUGUAUGUAAGGCAGGCCGAGGGUGUGUGUGCAGUUAAAAAGGGCCAAAAGUGUAGGGCGACGAUGAUGCGUUGGCAGCGGGAGCUUGUGCAUGCAGCACGUACCAAGCGGGUCCCCAAGGGAGAACAACACAGCAGGACAGCGACAGCGGGUGAGGCGGGAGACGACAAUGCAGGAGACAGGGGCCCUGACCUGGCCUGUCCUGUGCUUGUCCUGCCCUUGUCCUGCCCUGUCCGUCCGUCCGUCUGUCUUGCUGCAGGCUGCGGGCUUGCUGGGUCGAGCGCGGUCACGGGACACAAGGGCCUCCCUCACGCUGGCCAGUCAAAGGCGUGGGCAGGGGAGAAGAGCAGCAGAAGCGUAGGGGAGCAGAGGGCGAAGAGGUGA